AUGCUCUUUUACGAAGAAUUAGGACGACAUACCCCUCCCCCGCCUCCAUACUCUCUGAGCAAACGGCGCACUACAAAGGUCAAACUAGAGAAUGAAGCCUCGCAACCGCCGCCUCCUCCGCCGCCGCCGCCAUAUUUGAGUAGUACACCAAAACCUGAUUGCACAAUACCUUCUAUUGACGAGCUUUGGAGGCAAGCGGUGGUAUCGGAUGGUCCAUACUUAGCCCGUCAAGGCAAUGCCAUACCAUUCCCGCUUGUCCCUCUGCAACGUUCUGCUACGCAGGUCUUUGACUCAGAGCAAUGCUUCGGAGAUUCUCAGCGGGACUUGAAUUGCAAUUGGACUUGCCCCGGAAUACCAGCGCAUCCAGUCGAGCCCAGAUGGACACCAGUGGGCAUUCUCGGCUACCCUGGACCACCAUUGGGAGGAGCUAUGGCACCUUUGCCUGAAUAUCCUCUAGAGAGCGGAGGCCAUUCAGUGCCUCGGAGCUUUGUCUUCAGUCCACGUACCGGAAUCGGACCCGAUCAUCAGAAGUGGACCUCUCAGUCACCAAGCACAGUAUCCUUAGGCCACAAUGUUGUUUGCCACGCUACUCAACCUCCAAUCCACACCCUAGCCACGAGAUCAAUGAUGGAUCAGAAGCCACUGUAUACGUUCAGGAAGCAGUCAAGCAGGGAUAUCGCAUCGCUUGCCAACAUCACCACGACUGAUGUUACAGGAUCCUUUGGGCCAUCCGAAACUAUGUACUCACUGUCUGCUUUGCCAUCCCAGCAGGCUGUCGAGAAGCGCGCGAAACUGACCACGCGGCCUACACCACAAGAGUUCGACGCAGUUCGGAAGGUAUCAGAUGUCAAGAGUCCGCCAGACGCAAACCAGCGCAGCAGCAGUGAUGGGGACGCAAGCGAAGGAGAUGGCGAGUCGGCUCGCGUAGCCAAGGUAGUAAAAGGCCAGGAUAAUGCAUUUCCAACUCGAUUCAAACCUGACCCUCGACCCUCCAAGGAUCGCACGACGUCUCAAAGACCAGACAGAGUUCACCAUGUCUCGCAGUCCAGCCAUAGAAGGCCGUCAGCAUCUGCGAGGUUCGAGCCGUACAAGCGACGUCAAUCGAAAGUGGCUGAAAAGAUGAAGCAGAGACAAGGGGGCUCGGCUGAAAAGGGGUACGCCCAGUCGCUGCAGAUGCAAAGUGGCCUUGACAUGAAUGAGGGCGAAGGAGAAGAGACGGAGUGA